AUGAGUAGCGCUUUUGAUACAAUCCGACGUGAAAAGCUUGUUGAUAUUGCAAAGAAAUUCCUCGACGAAGACGAAGUAAGAAUGAUUCAGUUGUUAUUGAGCAAUACAACUCUAGAUGUAAGAAUAAACAACGCCGAGACAGAGCCCUUCAGUAGCAAUAUGGGCUCACCACAAGGUGAUGCACUCAGCAGUGUACUGUUUAACAUUUAUUUUGAAGAAUCACUCCGAAAAGAAAGGAAUUUUAGACAUGAGAUUAACAGUAAAGAUGAUGAAGAAAGUGGUAACUGGUCUCCAACAUUUCUACCUCAGGAAGCUCUAUAUGCUGACGACGCUGAUUUCCUCACAACUAGUGAAGUGGAGAAGAAUAUCAUCACAAAAAAGAUUGGAGAAAUUCUGCUUAGAGAUAAUUUAAAAGUAAACAACAGCAAAACAGAGCAAACAGAAAUUUUUCGAGGAGACAGAAACACAGAGCGAUGGAGGACAGUUAAAAAGCUUGGCUCUGUUAGCUCUACUUGGGGACUGACAGAAAAAGAUACGAAAGGUCUAGAUGCUUUUCACAGACAGCAACUGAGACAGCUAAUAGGAAAAAAGUAUCCUAACAAGAUCUCCAAUCAGAACUUGUACAAAAGAUGCGAAGAAGAACCAAUUUCAAUUGACAUCCUCAAGGGUAGAUGGCUGCUGUUUGGUCACAUAUUACGUUUGUCCGACGAUACACCGGCUGUGAAGGCAAUGAGAUUUUACUUUGAGGGAUCGGAGAGGGGAUUCAGAGGCAGACCUAGAGAAACUCUCGUGACAACCUUUAAUAAAGCUAUCACCAGAGCAAGAGCAAUGGAAAGGUCUUUUCCACUACCAAACAUGAAGAACAAUGGUGAUUUUGAAAAGAUACAAUCCACAGCAAAGGACCGCAAAGAAUGGAGAAGAUUAUCAGAAAUAGUGUGCAGAGCUGCAGAAGCAGAAACAACAUGA